GAGCGAGCGAGAGAGCAGUAGCUUGCUUGCUAUACACCGAAAGAGUCAAGAUGGCCGAUCUGGACGCAGUGAAUCUCGGGCUAGAUGAAACGGAACGGGACAUCGCGGAAGCGCUGGAAAAUUCAUAUGACACCCGGUCGGAAGCUUCCGGCGAUGGGGAUGGCGAUGCUGACGAAGCCGAGGCUGACGACGGUGAUGGUUCGCAUCCUAGUAUCAGUUCGGUCAGUUCGGCGGAAUCAGACUCCGGUACCGAUUUAGAAGAAGACGAUGGUGGCGAGGGCGAUAAAAAGAAAAAAAACGAUGCAAAAACCACCCAAAAGGAAAAUGGCGCCGCCAAGGAUAAACAGAUGACGAAGAAAAAGGCGAAGAAAGUGUCUGCGGCUGAAGAUGAUACAAAACACAACAAUGCUGCAGAUGAAGACGACGAGGAAGAUGAAGAUGAAAAUGACGAUGAUGACGAGGAAGACGAGGACGAUCCGAUGGAAGAGGAAGAUGAGGAUGAAGAAGACGAAGAGGAGGAGGAGGACGAUGACCAGGAAGAACGGCGUAAUAACAAGCGUGUGAAAAAGACUAAAAUUACUGCCGGGAAGGCGAAGAAGAAGCUCGUCACUAAAAAAGUAGCGGCAUCCAAGCAGCCCCAGCAGACUAAAAAGAAGGCUAAAACAACAGCAGCCACCACAAAAGAAGAUACAGAGAAGACAACGUCCGCUGAGAAGAAGAAAAAGAAAGUAAUUACUGUGUCGCAGGAUGGCAAAAAAGGGGCUGGUAAGAAAAAGGAGGACAAGGAAUCUGCUUCCGCCGUUGCGAGCAAUGGCCCGGAAGCAAAGGACGAUGCGGCAAACAAUAGUACCAACAAUGCAAACGACACAAGUACUAGCAGUAGCAGUAGCAGCAGCAGCAGCAGUAGCAGCAGUGAAGGUGGUAGCAAGAAGGACGAUCGAAAAUCUAGAAGCCGCAGUCCGGCCUCUGGUGCCCCAGAUGCUAAGCGCAGUCGUACGAAAGCCGCCGGCAAUGCUUCCGGUACGAAAAACACGGUGAAAUCGUACGACUACGUAACGAAGAUCAAUUAUCUGUUCCGGGAGGCACGCUUCUUUCUGAUCAAAUCGAACAACCACGACAAUGUGGCGCUAUCCAAGACGAAGGGCGUCUGGUCAACAUUGCCACCGAACGAAGCCAACCUGAACCAGGCGUUCCGGGAAAGCCGGAAUGUAAUUCUGCUGUACUCGGUGAAGGAAAGUGGCAAGUUUGCGGGUUUCGCACGCAUGGGUGCGGAGGCAAGGCGCGAUCUACCGGCGGUUGAUUGGGUGCUGCCCCCGGGUAUGUCGGCCAAAGCGCUCGGUGGAGUUAUCAAGAUCGAUUGGGUUUGUAAGAAGGAGCUACCAUUUACCAGUACAUCGCAUCUGUACAACGCUUGGAACGACGAUAAACCGGUCAAGAUUGGACGGGAUGGACAGGAGAUAGAGCCCAAAGUGGCGGAGGAACUGUGUCGACUGUUUACCGAAGACACAAGCAUCGAUAUGACUCCAAUACUGAAGAAAUCAAAGGAAGCGUCAAAGUUGAUGAAGGAAAAAGCGGCAUCGAAGUCGUUCCGACGACCGCCGAACUUUGGUCGACCCACUUCGUCGUCACUGCGAAGUCGCAGCAGUGGAGGAACCGGGGGUGGUAUUGGACCGAUACGGCGCGGUGGAAGACGCAUGUAUCCAGGUCCAAAGGGCGGAAGAGAUGGAGGUGGUGGCGGAAGUCGAUCGCAUGGAGCAAGCUCAAUGUUUGCACCUUACCGGAAGGACCGGCACGGUGGUGGAGGCAGUGGAGGUAUGGGUGGUGGAGGUGGCAGUCGGCACGGCGGUCAUGGAAUGGGCGGUCCGCGGAUGGGAAUGGGCGGCGGAAAUGGAGGUGAUGGAGGUGAUCGCGGCGGUGGUCUUUCACGUGCUGCUGCCCUCGGGGCAAUGCAUCACCCGGCCCAUCAUCAUCGUUGGGCCGAUGGGUACAGUUCAACGGCUGCUGCCGAAGCGUACGUGGCCGAUUAUAUGCGCAACAUGCAGAACCAGCUGCCACCGAUGCCGUACGCUCCACCGCCUGGCUUCCCAGGUAUGCCUAUGCCGUACGAUAAUUUGCCGCCACCGCCGCGCUACUACGAGGGGUUACCAAUACCGGAGUAUCCACUGCCACCCGGUUCGAUUCCGGGUAGCGUAACUGGAGCUGGUGGUAUGCCUCCACCGCGCAGUCACGCAGCGGCUGCAGCAGCUGCUGCUGCCAUGUACGACAAGCGAGCGUACGAACAGUCGAUGGAGGAGUUCAUGUGGAAGUCGGCGAACAGCAUGAGCACCGGCAAUGCAGGCAGUGGUGGCGGCGGUGGUGCAGGUGGGGCUGGCGGCACUGGAGGUGGUCAGGGUGGUGGAGGUUUGAGCAGCGCUGUCGGUGGGCUCGUUGGCGGUAUACCUACGAUGAAAGGACCGCCACCGGUUCUGCCCAGCCACGGCUAUCAUGUGCCUCCGCCGAUGAUUCCUCCGAUGCAUCAUCAUCACAUGCACCGUAAGAAUGAUCGUGGGGAUGGAGGUGUCGGCAAUUCGUCAGAUCGUGGCCAGCAGCGGGGUGGAGAUCGAGACCGUUCCAACCACCGUAGCGACCGCAACCAGCACAGGGGUGGCGGCGGUGGUGCAGGUGGUGGUGGCGGCGGUAUCCGUGGGUAUAACAAUCGUGAUAGGCGAUGA